AUGCAAGUUUAGAUUUAUGGUAUUAUAUUAAUCCAUCAUUUUCUCUUGAAGAUUUCUCCCACAAAAAUAAAAUUUAAGAGCUCUUAAAUUACCUAAUAGCAAACUAUAAUUAUAUUUGAUUUACCCUUUUUAAUUAAUUACCUCUACCUAAUCAAAGAAUACCUUCCUCUUUAAGUGAGCUUUGCUUCUUUAUCAGGAGCAACAUUAGUUUUUAAUUAAAUACCUCAACCUACAAAUGAAAUCAAUAGAUUCUAGGUACCCCCUCCUCUUUGGAGUUUUAAUUUGUGGCACUUAAAAGAAACAAAUUCGAAUUCAGACAAGUCAAUUUUUUAUCAUGCUAACUCUUCUAUUCAUUUUCUGUGUGAAGUUUUUGGUUAAAGAAAUGAAACUAAUAAUUUUCAGAGUUUGAAGAAAAUAAACUAACUAUUAAGAAUUUAGGAUACAAAACAUUGA